AUGGCCGCUAUUCCCAAGGUUUGCCGCGCUGCGCCCGCUACCAACGGUGGCACGAUGGAGUACACCAUCACCUGCCGUGAGGACUACCCCGUCCCCGAGCCCAAGGAGGGCGAGCUGCUCGUCAAGCUCAACAUGUGUGGCGUCUGCCAGUCUGACCACCACAUGAUGGCGGGCGACUGGGGUCUCGGUCCAGCCCCCGGCGUCGACUGCACUGGCCACGAAGGUGCCGGUGUUGUCGCCAAGCUCGGCCCCGGCGUCGACCCCGCCAAGUGGAAGGUCGGUGAACGUGUCGGCGUCACCCCCGUCCACUGGACUUGUGGCGAGUGCGAGUUCUGCAACAACGGCCACGAGACCAUCUGCCUGAAGAAGCAGUACGUCGCCAACGCCGUCAACGGCACCUACACCCAAUACCCAAUCAUCCACGAGUCGUGGGCCAUCAAGCUCCCCGACAACGUCAGUGACGAGCAAGCCGCACCCUUCAUGUGCUCGGGCGGCACGGCAUACACUGCAACCAAGGCUGCCGGUGCCAAGCCCGGCAACACCGUUGUGGUAUUUGGAGCUGGAGGUGGUGUGGGUCACAUGGUCACCCAGUUCUGCAAGGCCGACGGGUUCAACGUCAUUGGUAUUGACGUUGGAGACGAGAAGCGAAAGGUCGCUGAACAUGCUGGUGCCGCGCACUUCCUCGACGUCACCAAGGUCGCCGAAAAGGACUUGCCUGCCGAGGUGCGCAAGCUCACCCCGGACGGACUUGGCGCCCACGCCGUCAUCGUUGCCGCCGGUAACCCCAAGGCUUAUGCCAAUGCGCCCGGCCUCCUCCGCCCCCUCGGCGUCAUUGUUGCAGUCGGCAUCCCCGCUGCCGGCACUGCUGUGGCCGGCGCAGACCCCGCACUCGUCACCUUUGCGGGUAUCCAGAUUCGCGGUAUUCUCGUCACUUCGCGUGUGGACAUGGCCGACGCGCUCCGCUACCUUGCCGACGGCAAGGUGCAGGAGAACGUUGAAGUUGUUCCUUUUGCAGAGUUCCCCGCUACUCUUGCCGCCGUCGCAGAGUCCAAGACCUCGGGCCGCAAGGUCGUCGACUUUAACAACUAG